AUGGCUGCAGCAUUCCUCCACACCUACGCAGGAACCUUCUAUGACCCCAAAGGCGACGAAGCCAACGGCCAUAGAGACCCCUUGUUGCAGGCCACCUGCGAGAUCCUGGGACCCCUAUGGUUUCUGAUGCCGGAGCGAGGGCUGGAACCCCCAGAGCUGAAGCGAGGAGAUCCUCUGGAACAACAGACACGACCAGCGGGACAGGACCUCACUGAUCCUCCGACUGACAGAUUUGCCUGCAUUAUUGCUCCUCUUUCCAUGGACCCUCUGGUUUCUUCACCCCCCACCAUAAACACAGUUUCGGUCCCAGGAUGUGAAGAUAAAGGAAGACAAAUACAGGAAGUGAAGGAUGUUCUGAUAGUCCUGCAGAAUAAGAUGGACUACCUUCUUCCAUCGGCAGAUUUGUUGCCCAACUUUGCUCUGAAAUCACAAGGAGCAAAGGUUUUACAGUGGAGGCCAUUAGCCGCACAUCCUGGCCAACUACAAAGAUGCGGUUGGUUUGGGUUUGCACUAGAAGAGCCAUUUAUCCACCCAGACAUUGUCAUCCAGGGGAGGACUCGCCUAAAUCCAGGAGAGUGCUGGGCUUUUGAAGGUUCCCAGGGACAUUUAGCCAUCGCCCUGUCCCACAGAGUCCUUAUCAGUCACGUCACCUUGGGUCACCUGCCUAAAAUGUUGUCCCCGACUGGUAACAUCUGGAGUGCUCCCAAGGAGUUUUCUGUCUAUGGAAUGAGGGAACCUGAACAGGAGUGGACUCACCUGGGAACUUUUAUCUAUGAGGAGGAUGGAGAUUCUCUUCAGACCUUUGAGCUACCGACAGCUUGUCUGCCCUGA